AUGGAUGGAUAUUCUGGUAAAAGAGCCAUUGAUGGGAUGGUAGUCCCUAGAAAGGGUAUGGGUCAUGUGUUUCGAGACACUGCUACUGCUAGAGACCGAAAUGGUCAGGUGUGCAGCCGCCUUACUUGCAGUAGCAAAGUCAACUCCUCUAAAGGUGCUCAAAUUGGUUCUUCUGAAAAAGGAAAAUCUUUAAAACCUUCAAUCCAAUCUUCUUCAGCUGGGAAGGAAGCAGUUGGAAGCUCCUCUAGAACUUUUCCCAAGACUAGUAGCCCAGGAAAACCGCUUACAAAGCCUCGGAAAUCAUCAUCAUCUCAGUUAGAGACAGAUUCAUCUGAAACUAGUAGUGUACAGGAUGAAUCAGAAGUUUCAAAGCUGGCCCCUCCCCCUGAAAAAAGUCAGUCGGGGGUUCAAACUGAAAUGGAAAAUACAGUGUCUGGUAAUGUCAUAAUGGAAGUAGGAAGCUCUAGUGUAGUAUCCAAUUCAAGAUCUCGGAGGAAUUUUCAUCCAAAGCCUGGAAUACGUGGUCAAGAUAUUAAAAACACGGGUCCAGUGACGCGUGCUGGUACCAGUAGGUAUGGAUUGAGGAACCUCAAAUGCAACUCUAUUUCUGAUGUCCUCCCUGCUGGUUGUUCACCUUCAGAUUCAACCUUUAGCAGAAGAAAGGAGAUGAUAAAAAAGAGAAAUUGUGAAGGGGAAGGUAGUUCCUCUGCUAGAGGGAAGAAAAUGAGUGGGUCUUCAUUAGAAGGACGAAAUUCUGGUUCCAGAAAUGGCAUAUCCAUUUCUGAUUCAAGAAUAUCUAGGAAUACUCCUCCUCACAGGGACAGGUCAGAUAGCAACAUGGCACCAGUUAGAACUCGAAAAUCAAUUAGUGGUCAUGCCAGGGGAAGACUUUCUAGCCAAGGAAAUGGUAAUCCCGUGUCACCCAAUGAGUCCGUUAUCAUGGUACCUUUGCCUCAUUCUGGUGGUCGUAAUGCUUCUGGUGUAUCACAUCAUACUUCUGUAAAUAGUUCCUUAAGUUGUCCGAGCUCUCAUAGUAGACCAGGUACUGGCAGUGAGGAGUUAUUUGGUGUCGUGCCUGUAUCUCCUUCAGAAUAUGGCCUCACUCAUUCUAUAAUGAAUCUGGAUAGCUUUCGACGACGGUACAAUGUGGAUAGUAGUAGUAUUGCUGAGGUAAUGUUGGCACUUGAGAGGAUUGAACAAGAUGUUGAGCUAACUCAUGAGGUAAAUCUUGACUAA